AUGGGUAAUACUGAGAGCAAUGUCACGAGUGGUGUUAAGAAACAAGCUGGUACAUCCCAGCAGAAGAUGUAUAAACUUGUUGAUAUUAAAGGUGGUGGUCUUUUAGUGGACAUGAUGAAGAGAGCUCUCCAAAACAAACAGUAUGCAGAGAUAGACCAUGCUAUAAAGACGAAGGUGGAACCGUUUUUGUACAAUAAGGGCAAAGGACGAUAUAUACCCAUAUCCCACCUCGUGCUAUUGAGGAAUAAGGAGAGGUCUAGACAUAAAUUGUUACCUCCUUUGAGAGGAAUGGAAAACCCAGAUGAAGAAUUCGAUGUGGAAAAAGAUUGGCCCUUGGUCACUCAAGAAGAGUAUGAUGCUAACCCAUCUGGAUACAGGGAAUUAUGUUGGGACCUCAAAGAACGAGGGGCUGUAGGUGAAACCAUUCUCCAUUUGUGUUUAUUGAACGCCUCCUCACUGUUAGCUAACCUUGCCAAGAGACUCCUGCGGUUCUAUCCUAAACUCAUUAACGAUGUUUAUAUGGGAGACGAAUACUACGGAGAAAGUGUACUUCAUAUAACUAUAGUAAACGAAGAUCCGACGAUGGUGAAGUUCCUUCUAGACGCUGGAGCAAACUAUCAUGAACGAUGUUAUGGGAACUUCAUGUGUCCUGAGGAUCAGAAGGCAUCACGCAAUGACUCCUUUGACCAUGAGUGGGUUAAUGUUCAGCCGGAGACUAAUUAUAAUGGUUACGUAUACUGGGGCGAGUAUCCUCUAAGUUUUGCAGCGUGUCUAGGCCAGGAGGAAUGCUAUCGGCUUAUCCUUGCACGAGGUGCCGAUCCUGAUAAGCAAGAUACUAAUGGCAACACCGUGUUGCAUAUGCUCGUUAUUUAUGAAAAGAUGGAAACCUUUGACAUGGCCUUUGAAGUGGGAGCUUCUCUAAACAUUCGAAAUGUGCUGAACCUGACUCCUCUGACUCUUGCUGCCAAGCUGGCUCGCACUGAGAUGUUCUUCCACAUCCUCAACAUAGAGCGUGAGAUCUAUUGGCAGAUUGGUGCUACGACUUGCGCUGCCUAUCCUCUGGGACAGGUCGACACCAUUGACACGGAAACUGGGUGUAUUUGUAAAGAUUCUGCAUUGAAUUUGGUGGUAUUUGGUGAAAAAGACGAACACUUGGGUCUCCUAGAAGGAAUGUUAAUUGACCUUCUAAAGACAAAAUGGAAUACUUUUGUCAAGUUCCGAUUCUACCGGCAGUUCAUAUUGUUUUCUUGUUACUUCCUAAUAUCUUUGGUGUGCUUCACAUUGAGACCUGGCCCACCUGAUAGGGCACUGAAUUCUACUGCAUUGAACGCUACAGUUGGACCCCUCAAUGAUACUGAUCUGGUGAUAGAAGUAGAAAACUGUACAAUACCGCUGAAUGGCUCGGAAUUUGAUCCCGGAGCCGUGGAGAUUAUGAAUGGAAGCAAACCCGAUGGACCGCAGUGCGCUCGUUUCAAGAGUCACUCCAAGGAAAAGGAUAAAGAUAAACGGCCUCGAGAGUCGGAUAUGGAAGGUUGGUGGGAGGAUCUUACUGAAGAUUGUAGACUAAUGAACUUUGAGUCUUGGCAAGCUAAGGUUAGAAUAUCAGCAGAACUUCUGUUAUGGGUGGGAGCUCUAGCAUACGUGGGGGCCGCUCUGAGAGAAGCACGGUUUCUGGGACUUAAAAUGUUUAUUGAAAAUCUUAGCACGGUUCCAUCGCGCGUUAUGUUCCUUCUGUCCUGUAUUCUGAUGCUCGUGUUACCGACAUUGCGACUAUGGUGCGCUGAUGAAGAAGAAGACCAUCUAGCCGUUAUAAUUAUGCUCACCACUGCACCAUACUUCCUGUUCUUUUGCAGAGGCUUCAAAACUGUCGGUCCAUUCGUAGUAAUGAUAUACAGAAUGGUGAUGGGUGAUCUACUUCGAUUUGUCUGCAUUUAUCUGGUCUUUGUCAUGGGGUUCUCGCAAGCGUAUUACAUAAUAUUUCUAUCGUUUGACAAUCCAAAUACCCCGGAAGGUGUGGACGACUCGGUGUCGAACCCCAUGCCGUCUCCCAUGGAGAGCAUCAUGGCCAUGUUCCUCAUGUCGCUCACCUCCUUCUCCGAUUAUUAUGGUGCCUUCGACAGGACUGAUCACGAGAUCGAGGCUAAGUUGCUGUUCGUGGUGUACAUGAUAAUAGUGGCGAUAUUGCUGGUGAACAUGUUGAUCGCCAUGAUGGGGAACACGUACCAGAAGAUUGCGGAGACCAGGAACGAGUGGCAGCGCCAGUGGGCGAGAAUUGUAUUGGUGGUGGAGCGAGGGGUGCCGCCGGCGCAGCGGCUUAAGAACUUAUUAACUUAUAGCCAGCCCAUGGCCAAUGGAAAACGAGCUCUCGUGCUGAGAAUUAAUCAGAAGGAUGAAGACAAAGAAGAAAUGAAAGAAAUCUUGGAGAUGAAACGCACGCACGAGCGUAUAGUGGCGAAGCGCAAACAGCGCGAGGCACAGCUCGCGGCCGGCAAAGGACAUCUGCCACCCACGCCGGCUAGAGACUACCCUAUUACGAAAUAA